GCAGAACUCCAGUCAUUGAAAGAAACGAUUGUCGAUUUGAACCAAGAUUUACAGAAAGAAAAUUCUCGUAUGGAGGAAUUCGUUAGCACGUUGCAAAUGAAGAAUAGGAGCUGUGACUUGAAGCGUGCAAAGGCCGUUGACCAGUUUGCAGCGAUGAAUACGCAGAUUGAAGAAUGGAAGAGCCGAGUGGAAGAUUUAGAGUACGAAGUCGAAAAAAGCCAUAUGCGCGAGGAGCAACUGGAUUACAGGCUAGCCGAGGUAGUUAACCAACUGCAGGUAGCUCAAAACGCCACAGUUAACAGCAACGCCGACAAGUCUGAAUCGAGUAGCGUCAGUUGUGAUCGAUUCGAGGAGUUGCAGGCAAAUCUGCAGGAACAGUCUGCUCUUGCUCAGUCACGACUAGAAGAGCUGCAGGAUAUUAACGAGCGAUAUAAGGAAGCUCUAACCGCCAUAGAAACGCUAAAAAGUCAGUGUGCCGAUUUAAAUCAGUUUCUGUAA